AUGUCUUUCUUCAACACAACCGCUCAUGUCUGCCACAGCUCAAAACUGCCGGAAGGCUCAACGAGGGAACAGGGAAUCGCGAUGCUGCAGGACUACGAGUUUUUCCUGCACUGUGAUCCCCAUAUGGCUAAAUAUGAGCUGGUAGCCGCAGAUGUGGAGGCGAACAUCCCAGACACUCUGAAGGCUCUGGGGGGAACAACUUCUUACAAAGUCACGGAUGUGGUCAACACACUCCCGGCUGGCCUCUGGGACUCCAACGUCAUCAGCCACUAUGAGUUCACAAACAUUGAGGUUGGGGUGUUUGUGCGCAUCAAGAGCCCGUUAUCUAUUGUCAUGGACACCAUCUGGGAGAUCAAGACGGGCGAUGAUGACAAGCUUGAGCUGGUCGAGGAUGUCUCCAUGCACUGCUCUCGAUUGCUGGUCGGCGUCGUCAAGUCUCAAUGUGAGAACGGAUGGCAGAAGAUUCAUGCAAAGAUGCUGGGUAGACUAAAAGAUAUUGUCGAAAAUAAACCGAGUAAUGGGGCGGCUGCGUAG